GCCCAGGAGAGUGGGGCCACCCUGCCGUUCCGAGGACCUGGGAGGAGCACUCGGCACCCCGGGUCGCACACUCAGCCCAGCCAGAGCCUGCGAUUCCGGAGCCGGGAUCUGGGACGAGAUGGCCUCAGGCGGCCGGGUGCCCGAGCUCGGUGUCCUUGUCUGCCUCGGGGCGCUGCUGGCCGGCUGGGUCGCCGCAGGAUUGGAGGCUGUCGUCAUCGGAGAAGUUCGUGAGAAUGUUACCCUGCACUGUGGCAACAUCUUGGGACCAAGGGGCCUGGUGACCUGGUACCGGAACACCUCAGGGCCCGUGUUCCUUCUCUCCUCCAAUUCCAGCCUCCCUCCAGCCUCACCUCGCUUCUCUCUGGUGAACUCCAGCUCCCUGCACAUUGAGGCGCUGAGCCUGCAAGAUGAGGGCAACUAUACCUGCCAGGAGAUCCUGAAUGUGACUCGGUGGUUCCAAGUGUGGCUGAAGGUGGCCAGUGGCCCCUAUCAGAUUGAGGUCAACAUCUCGGCCACUGGCGAGCUCCCCAAUGGCACCCUGUAUGUAGCCAAGGGCUCCCAGGUGGACUUCAGCUGCAGCAGCAGCUCCUGGCCUCUACCCAUGGUUGAGUGGUGGUUCCAGCCCCCGAAUUCCACGGGCGAGCCCUUUGGAAACAACCUGACGCUUAGCUCAUUCACACUGUUACUGAUGUCACCAAACCUCCAGGGGAACUACACCUGUUUGGCCAUGAACAUGCUCAGCGGGAGACAGCGAAAGGUGACCACCGAGCUCCUGGUCUACUUCCCGCCUCCAUCAGCUCCUAAGUGUUGGGCAGAGGUGUCAUCAGGAUCGUCUACGCUGCAGCUCAUCUGUCGCUGGGAUGGGGGAUACCCUGACGCUGAGUUCCUGUGGACAGAAGAGCCAGGAGGUGUGAUCAUGGGGAAGUCAAAGCUGGGAGUGGAAGUGCUGAACCAGUCCCAGCUGUCAGAUGGCAAGAAGUUCAAGUGUGUUGGGAGCCACAUAGUGGGGCCAGAGUCGGGAGCCAGCUGCAUGGUGCAGAUCGGGAGCCCUUCCCUUCUGUCUGAGCCCAUAAAGACGUGCUUCGUGGGGGGCAAUGUGACACUCACCUGCCAAGUGUCUGGAGCCUACCCUCUUGCCAGGAUCCUGUGGCUGAGGAACUUCACCCGGCCCGAGGUGGUCAUCAAACCCAGCAGCCACUACCUCAUUACCCAGGAUGGCCAGAGCUCUACCCUCACCAUCUGCAAUUGCUCCCAGGGCCUGGAUGAGGGCUACUACGUCUGCCGGGCCGAGAACCCCGUGGGGGUGAGGGAGGUGGACAUUUGGCUGAGUGUAAAAGAACCUUUAAACAUUGGGGGAAUCGUGGGAACCAUUGUGAGCCUCCUCCUGCUGGGACUGGCUAUUAUCUCAGGGCUUCUGUUGUAUUACAGCCCCAUGUUCUGCUGGAGAGUAGGAAACACUGUCAGGGGACAAGACAUGGGUGAUGUCAUGGUUUUGGUGGAUUCAGAAGAGGAGGAAGAAGAGGAAGAGGAAGAGAAUGCUGUAGAAGAGGAAGAGGAGGGAAAUUGGAGAGAGUUGCCUAAACAAAGAGCCAAGCAUGAUCACAUUCACAGAGUGACUGCACUAGUGAAUGGGAACAUAGAACAGAUGGGAAAUGGAUUCCAGGAUCUACAAGAUGACAGCAGUGAACAGCAAAGUGACAACAUUCAAGAAGAAGAUAGGCCAGUCUGAAGAAGAGAAUUAUUCAUCCGUAUCUUCUUGAAAGCUUAGAAGAUGAACUCUUCAUUCAGCUUUGAUUUGAUUUGCAGCCCUGCUGGAGGCUUGCAUUAGCAACGUUUGGGUCUCUCGGCAAAAAAAGAAAAACACACCUUUUUCCUUCCAUUUUAAAAAAACGACAACCUGGUUUGAUUUGCUGUAAGUUUUCUCAGCGAUGCCAAAAAGCUUUGGAAAGGAGCCGUAUAUGUGGGAAAGCUGAAUUUGGUGUUUGAGGUGCUACUUUGGCUGACUCCUGGCUUUAUCCAGGUUGACCUGUUGGAACAGACACUGAUUUGGAGGGAGUAUGGGUGAGAGGAGGACUUGGCCUUGGUGACCUUUGCUACUAUUAAAGGCUUAUAACCAGCUUGCUCUAGCACAAAAGGGAGUAUAGUAGGGUGGUGGGGAAACUUCCUUUAUUACUGCCCAGGUGAGCUUGUGACCAAGGAACUGGGCAAAUAUCAGCUCCCUGGGAAAAAUAAGGUUUCAGCAACCAACGUAAGUCAGAGGAAGGCGGUUUGGUUCAGAG